AUGGCAACACCGAAACCCGACACGACAACCCUCCCAUUCAGCAAAUACCCCGCAUGGACACUCAGCAAACUGCGCCCUCUGGCCCUGCAAAAAAUCCAAGCCGUGCACGACUGGGUCGAAACAAAAUGCAUCCCGGCACAAGGAAUCAUGAAAGCGCAACUCGCGAAGGACCGGUGGAAAAUGCCGCCGUUGAUGCGCCAGCUCCGCGCCGAAGCCAAAGCCCGCGGACUCUUCAACCUGUUCCUGCCCAAGGAAUUCAAGGAGUCUCCCGGCCUCACGAAUCUCGAGUACGCGUGCUGCGCGGAGAUCAUGGGGAGGGUAUACUGGGCGGCGCAGACGAUGAACUGCCAUGCGCCGGAGACGGGGAACAUCGAGCUGCUUGCGAAGUACUGCAACGACGAGCAGAAGGAGAAAUGGCUUUACCCGUUGCUGCGAGGGGAGUUCGCGUCCGCGUACUCGAUGACCGAGCCUGACGUGGCGUCGUCCGACGCAACCAACAUCUCCAUCAGCAUCCAGCGCCAGGGGGACUCGUACGUAAUGAACGGGCGCAAACUGUUCGCCAACGCAAAGUGGAAUCCGGACGUGAAGCUGUAUAUCCUAAUGGGCUGUACCGAUCCGCACAACCCGGAUCCCCGACGGCGGCAUUCCAUGCUCCUCAUCCCGAGCGAUACACCUGGCUUCAGGAUGCGUCAGAACCUCUCGAUCAUGGGGUACGACUGUGCGCCCGAGGGCCAUGGGGAGUACAUCUACGAGGAUGUGCGGGUUCCAGUGUCCAAUGUGAUAUUAGGCGAAGGGCGGGCGUUUGAGAUCGCGCAGGGGCGGCUGGGACCCGGACGCAUCCACCACUGCAUGCGGCUGAUCGGGCAGGGCGAGCUGGCGUAUGAGUAUGCGCUUGUGCGCGCGACGGACGGGCGCAAGAAGCCGCGCGGGAAGCUGAUCGGGGAGUUUGAUAGCAAUAUCGAGCGGAUUGCGCAGAUGAGGUUGGAGCUGGAUGCGCUGCGGCUGGUUGUGUUCAAUGCUGCGGAUACGAUGGAUGCGUUGGGGAAUAAGAGCGGGAGGUAUGGCAUUGCGCAGAGCAAGAUUCUUGUGCCGGUUACGGUGGCUAGGAUCAUUGAUGAGUGUAUGCAACUCUAUGGGGGACAGGGGUUGACGCAGCAUACGCCUUUGCCGGAGAUGUGGACGUAUGCUCGCUUUGUGCGGGUUGCGGACGGUCCGGAUGCUGCUCAUCGGCAUCAGGUGGGAAGAGAUCAGUUGAAGACUGCGGGGGAUGUUGUGGCAAGGCAUCUACGGUACUACGAGAUAGCUCAGGAGCUGAAGAAGCAAUUUGGGCUGGAGGAGGAGCUGGCGGAUGAUUGCACCUGGGAGUAUAUAAAGCCAAAGCUGUAG